AUGGCGGGUGAGCUGCGGCCGGUUUACGAAGGGAAGUUCACCGACAGGUUUCCCGAGCUGGCGACCGCUGGCAAGUUGUUUCCCACUGGCGGUACAGCAUCGAGUUGCCUCACUGAGGUUCUACCCAGGCCCAUUACUCCUAAUACCGUGCGAAAAUUUCGAAAUACAACAAAUCCAGCUCCUGGUGUUAAAACGAUAUUCUAUGGCAGAGCAGAUGAUCCUGACAUUGCAUCUCUCUUGACACAUGGCAGAGAGUCAUCUUCUACACACAGUGUAGCUUCAUUAAUAAAUCCACCUGCUAAGUCUGAUUUUCAACAAAAAAUACAAGACAAAAAAGAAGCAAUCUACCUUAGUAAUCGUAAAGCACCCUUGGGCAGAUCACAUGAUCAAUCUCCUAUGUUACCUGAGGGUUUGGAUAUAAUUAAUACUACAUUUGGAAUAAAAGUUAUCCCAGACAUACCAGCUGGAGAGCUUGUAAAUCCUCCAAAAAGUUUUGACAAAGUGGAUGAAGAAGCCAGAGAAGGGCAUGAUCUGUAUGUUGUGUCACACAAUGAUUAUUAUGCAGGAGAAGCAAUAGAUAGGAAGUAUGACUCUCCAACCCUCAGCCAAUCUUUUGUUUAUGGAAAAGAAACUCCUCACUUCAACGAUGGGCGAAAAGUAGCCAGAUGCUUGGAUUGGCCUUGUGAUCUACAAUUUGCAAGAGAAGCUAUGAAAGUUACCCCAGACCGUACAUUUGGAAUGCUGGUCCGUCGAGAUGCAUAUGGAGUUGGUGAUCUUCUUCACUGCUGGCCCCCAUAUGAGUUCCUCCAUGGUAAGGACAGAGAGAUAGCUGUCUUGACUGCAGUGCGACAGAGUUUGAAGAAUGCUAACUAUGAGAAUUUUGACAUCUUACUAGAAGCAUUCAGGCAUUAUGAUAAGAAUAGUGAUGGAAUGAUAGAUAAAGAUGACCUGCGAAAGUCCUGUUUUCAACUUAAUUUGAAUCUGGAUGAUGAGCUCCUGGAUUCCUUAUUUGACUGUUGUGAUUUGAAUAAAGAUGGUCUGAUUAAUUACACGGAUUUUACAAACUUUCUGAACUGGAAAGACAAAAUGGCUGUUGAUGAGUUUGAAGAAAAAAUAAUUACAAAAGGGAAAAAAAUUGAUCUUGCUUCUCUGCCUGAAAACACAAAGGUAAAUGAUGAGCAGUUGCUGAAGCAGGAAGUUCUUGUGUUAAAAGAGCCAGGAAGUUCAGAAAAGACACCAAACCCACUCACAAGAUCAACAGAUAAUAUAAUUGCAAAUUACCAGACAACUUCUUCUCAGUAUAAUGCGGUAGUAGGUGGUCUUCCAGCAACCUGUUAUCCAUUGUGUGGGGUUCCAACUAUCCGGUCAGAUAUUCCUGCUCCUCGAAUUCGCCGCGUCAGUGACAGAACUAAUUAUGGUGAUGAGGCCAAUGCUUAUGCAUUGAUGUUCCCUUCUGUCUUCAGUCAAAAGGGAGUUUAUGAAAGAGACAUUUUUAAAACAAGACCAAAGGCAGAGAUUGCAGAAAUCCUACGCAAUAUUGGUGUGAAUAUUUCACAAGAAACAUUUGAAGAUAUAUGGAAGCAAGUCUGUAUGAAACAUCAGAAAGAAGAGGUGUGUGUAGAAAGCCUCAGAAAUGAACUGAAUGAAAUACAUGAAUCACACACAAAACCCAGUGACAAAGUGGUAGCUAACAGAGAUGUGCUUGUGGGACGGAAAUUUAGGGAUUUUUUUCCCGUCCCACCGCCGCUCGGUACCGGGUUCCCGGCGGCGUCCGGCGGCAGCGGGAGGGACGGGCGGAGCCGCCAUCCCAGCGGCAGGGGGCGCUCUCGGAUCUCCACACUGGGAAAGCGCCGAGCGACCGGGAUCGGGACCGGGAUCGGGACCGGGACAGGGAAUCGGAAUCGGGACAGAGAUCGGGAUCGGGACAGGGAUAGGGAUCGGGACCGGGACUGUGUUGGGGUUGCUGGAGCUGGCGGCCUCUGCGCCGCCGCAGCACUCAGCUCAGAAAGGCUUCCCCAGAGGAAUAGCAGCUGCUCACCGGCGGAUGGGGUUGCUUAA